GUGGUUCGUCCAAAAAGCACCAGCUUCCGUCUGUUCUCCACUCGCCAUUAUCUGCGCAACAGGACGACGGGGCGGAGAGAGGCGCGCGCACCGUCCGCGAGCAGGAAGAAUUAAACCAGAAACUAGACACAAAGUUGACGGAAAGUGGACAAAACAACGAAGUGAGCCAUGAGUUUGUACGGCUCCAACAGCCGACUGCACACUCUGGGCCAGAGGAGCAGCUCCCGGCCGGACCUGAGCUACAGGAACGACGUGUUCGUGAGUGGAAACGGCUUCCAGGGAGACUUCCAGCCGGUGGAGGGCGGCUACAACACCUACCAGACAUCCACCUUCUCCAGGAGCUCCAUGCACGGCGGCGCGGGUGGAGGGGUGAAGAUGCAGCAGGCCAGCCUCGGUGGGGGUCCAACCAUAAAUGUGCAAACUAUUCACGAGAGAGGCCAGUUUCUGUCAAGCCGAUGUCAGGAAUACCUGGAAAAAGCAAAUAUGAUCCUCAGCAGUGGAGGCCCCCCAAUGGAGGCAGAGAAGCUUUUAGCCUUGGCUGCAGAAUCCAUUGACAAGCUGAAGCUUUGUGGCAGAGAUCUGCAAGAGCUGCGUAUACCAAACGAUGUUUUCAGGACUGUUGAGAGGUUGCAGCAGUGGCACGCUCUCACACAGCAGAAACUUGCUGGCUUUGGAACAAUGAGAGGGAAGCGAGUCAGCGUGGGCAGUGAGGGGGAGAGAGUCUUCAACAAUGCCAUGGCAUGGAUCGCCCAACAAAAGCGCAUCAUUGAGACUGCUCCAUGGGGAGAUGACUCCAGCGCCAUAGACAACCAAAUCACAGCCCACAACAGGUUUCACAGCUCCAUCCAAAGAAGCCAAGAAGUAGACCGUGCUAAAAAUGAACUGAUGUCAGUGGGUGAUAAGUUUCACCUCUCCCACCUGGAACAAGAAUGGGACAACCUGCAGAAAAUGUCCCACAGUCGCACAAAUCAGCUCCGGGAGCUUCAGAACAUCAUUGAUGACAUCUUUCAAGCCAUCAUGUGGGUGAACGAAAGAGAGGAGGAGGAGCUUGUGUUUGACUGGGGAGACAAGAACAUCGACCAGUACAUCCCCAAGAAGCAGGAGAGCUACUCUAGGCUGAUGAGGGACCUGGAGGAGAAGGAUAAGGACCUAAACAAACUGAAGGCGAAAGCAGGUGACCUCUUGAGAAACAACCAUCCUGCUUCAGAUAAGAUUGAGGCCUACAUGGACACCCUGCAGACCCAGUGGAGCUGGCUUCUCCAGAUCACCAAGUGCAUUGAAGUCCAUUUGAAGGAGAACGCUGCCUACAGCCAGUUUUUCAAGGAGGCGAAUGAAACUUAUGCAAAGCUUCAGAAACAACAUGAAACAAUCAGAAACAAGUUUGUCUGUGACAAGAGCACGCCAAUGGAAAACCUCACUGAACUCCUGAAAAACCUGGAGACAGAAAAACAACGGAUCAUGGAAAACAAGAGACAGGUCCAGAGUCUGGUCAACAAGUCAAAGUCCAUUGUCAGACUGAAACCUCGCAACCCCGAGGAGAAGACCAGCAGCCCUAUCAUGGUUCAGGCUUUAUGUGACUUUAAACAGGACCAGAAGGGAAUAUUAAAAGGGAAUGAGGGCAUUCUGAAAGACAACUCGCAGCGCAGCAAGUGGCUUGUGACGGGACCUGGAGGUCUCGACAUGUCCAUUCCCUCCGUGUGCCUGCUCAUCCCACCUCCAAACCCACUCGGCAUCGGACUUGCCAACAAAAAUGAACAGUAUCAUGAAGCUAUCCUGGGAAUCUGGAAUGAGCUCUACAUCAACAUCAAAUGUCUCAUCUCAUGGCAGUAUUGCCUUAAAGACCUCAAUAACAUCAACUCCCUCAACAUCAGUAAGCUUUCUAACAUGCGUCCUGAUGAGUAUCGUAGUAUCAUCAAAAGACUGGAGACUCACUACCAGGAGUUCCUGCGUACCAGUCAAGGUUCUGAUAUGUUUGGAGAAGAGGAAAGGAAAAGCAUGCAGGAUCAAAUUGACAAAGCCCAACAACACUAUGAUACACUGAUUAUCCAGCAGCCUACAUACAUGAAAGAGGAAGUAGUUCAAAAGGAUGAAGAGGGGAAGACUGAAGCAACAAAAACAAAAAUUAGCAACACCCAGACCCCGGUGAGCAGAAGAAAGUCAGCCUCUCAAGCCACCCCCACCUCAGCCACCUCCACCUCGGCCACUUCAACCACCUCUACUUCAUCCCCUUCCAUCUCAACCAAAUCAACCAUCAGCCUCACACUGCUCAGCAAUCUGCAAGAACUUCGACACCGGCUGGAAUUGGCUGAAUCUGGCCUAACCAGUCAUCUCCACAUUCCCCUGGGGGACAACAGUGUACACAAGUGCACUGUGCACAUUCAGAAGCUGCAGGGUGUGCAUCAAGAUCUGGAGUCAAUUCAUGAUGAUUACCUCAGUCUGAGAGAGAUGAUUACAAAACAGCUAAAGGGGGUGCCUGCAGACUCAGAGCAGGCCAAGUUUCUGCGCUCUGAACUGGAAAUCAUCAACCAGAAAUUGGGAGGCCUGCAGGGUCUCUACUCGGCCUACCUCCAAAGACUGGCUGCUCUGAAGGCCUUGCUUCAAAGCCUUCUCCAGGCAGAGGAUAUCAUUAAAGUCCAUGAAGCUCGUCUAACUGAGAAGGACACCAGCUCUCUGGACCCUCUAGAACUAGAAAAUCAUCGGAGCACACUCAAGCACAUGAAGAACGAACUGGAACAAAGAAGAGACCUGCUGACAUCUAUGGACUCUGAGCUGGCUAAAGCUUUGCACUUUAACAGUCAGAUUUCAGAGCCCUACCACAAGUGUGAUGUUGAUUUGUCCAAAUAUUCAGAACUAGUGAACCAGAUGGGGGAUCGCUGGCGUCGCAUCCAAACCCAGAUUGAUAACAGAAUGUGGGACUUGGACAAACAGAAGAAUCAGCUGACACAAUAUCAACAAAACAAAACUUCCCUGGAGCACUGGAUAGACAAUGCCAGGAAACGCCAGGACACCCUUCAGACGGUUAAAAUCAACGAUAUCCAGUUGUUGAUGGAUCACCUCAACCAACAAAAGGCUCUUAACAAUGAAAUUAAAGGCAAGAAAGAGAAAGUGGAUACUGUGCAGAAAAAUGCAGACACAUGUGCUGCCUCUAUAAAGGACUAUGAACUGCAGCUUGCAUCCUACAGUUCAGGACUGGAAACUCUUCUAAAUAUUCCCAUUAAGAAAACUGUGCUGCAGUCUCCUGCUACAGUGGUCAGAAAUGAGGCUGCUGAUGUCCAGGCCCAUUAUAUAGAGCUACUUACCCGCUCUAGUGACUACUAUAAAUUCCUGGGGGAGCUGAUGAAGAACAUGGAGGAAUUGAAGUUAAGAAACACCAGGAUUGAGAUGCUUGAAGAAGAAUUAAGGCGCCUAAAGGAUGACCUCCAAGAUCGAAAUCAGAAAAAUAAGUCUCUGGAAGAUGCUUUGGCCCGCUACAAGUUAGAGCUCAAUCAGUCAAAAGAUGAACUCAUUACUUUGGAGGAGGUAAAGAGAACCACAACAAUGCAAGUUAAUGUUGCCAAGGAGAACCUGGGAACCACACAAAGUCAGAUUCAAGAUCUCAAUGACCAGCUCACCCGCAUUAAAUACCAGCUGGAGGAGGAAAACAGGAAAAGAAGGCUUGCAGAAGAGCGCUAUAACAGUCAGCAAGAAGAGUAUGAGGCAGCUGUUCGCCGCAGACAGAAAGAACUAGAGGAGGUAAACUGGGUGAAGAUAGACUUAGAGAAAGUUGUAAAGGACAAGGAACGAGAAAUUGAGAGGCUGAAGCUACAGCUAGAAGAGGAAGCAACACGCCGAAGAAAUGCAGAGUCAGAUAUCUCAAAGACCUCAAUGAUGUUACAUGAGUCCAAAAGUCAAUACAAUGAUCUGCUGCUUCAGAGAGAUAGUUUGCAAUCCAAGCUGAAACUGAUGGAGCAGGACAAGAACCAUCUACAGCGAUUAGAAGAGGAGCUGGCUCGCAUCGAGCUCAGUCUAGAAACUGAGACUCGCAGCAAACAGAGACUUUGGGAUGAAAAAAAUGCACUAGCUCAAGAGAUCAAUUCUAUGAAGAGUCAUUAUGAGCUUAAAGAAGCUCAAAUUAGACAGUGUGAAUCAGACAGAAACCAGGCUGAUCAAGAGAGACUGUCCUUGAAGAAUGAGAUUGAGAGGUUGAUAAAGGAGCUGAAAAGUAUUGAGGAGAGGUACAAGAGCCGUCUCUUAAGCUCAGAACAGGAGGUAUCUGAAUUGGCUAUGAAGAGAGACUCACUGGAGAAAGAAAUGCAGAGACUGAAGCGGAGACCUUCUACCUUGUGCAGGCAGACCCAGACCGAUGAGAAGGUCUCAACAAUUGAUCCAUCAAAACUUGUAUUUGAUGGAGUUCGCCACAAGGUCACAGCUCACCAGCUUUGUGAUUGUGGUAUAAUCAGUAAAACUACUCUUGAUGAUCUCCUCAAAGGAAAAAAGACUGUGGAUGAAGUAGCAGUGGAUAUCCAAGUUAGCCUGAAGGGUACUGGCAUUAUUGCUGGAAUGACAUCUUCUCAAGGGAUAAUGCCAUUCACUGAAGCCAAACACAAAAAUCUCCUCAGCCCAGAGAGUGCAAUUCUGCUCCUGGAAGCUCAAGCAGCAACAGGCUACAUAAUGGACCCUGCAUUCAAUGACAGGAUGCCUGUAGAUACAGCCUGUUCCAGAGGGAUUGUGGACACAGAAGAUAGAGAUGUCUUGUUGACAGCUGAAGCUGCUAGCAUAGGUUUCAAAGAACCAUACACAGGCAAGGUGUUGUCUGUGGGACAAGCCUACAAACAUGGCCAUGUAAACAAAGAAACAGCCAUUCGCUUGCUUCAGGCUCAGGAAUCUGUUGGAGGCAUAUUGGACCCAGUUCUGAGUGUGUUCCUUCCAAAAGAUCUGGCCUUGGACCGCAAUCUUAUAGAUGAGGAUCUUUACAGAGCAUUGAAUAAAAAAACAACCUGCUACCUAGAUCCAACAACAGGAGAGAAGAUAACUUACUCUGAUCUUAGAAGGAAGUGUACAGUUGAGCCUGUGUCUGGUUUGCUUCUGCUCCGUGGUCCAGAAAAGUCCAUGACAGUGAAAGGUAUUCGUGGUGAAGUUUCUGUCUCAGAGCUUGUUAAGGCUGAACUUUUAGACGAAACUGACCUGCUAAGGCUCAACCAAGGAAAAAUCUCAUGCAAAGACAUUGAAGACAAGCUAAAGCCUUAUCUCUUUGGCUCAACUUGUAUUGCAGGAAUCUAUGAUGAGGCCAAUGACAGAAUAAUGCCUUUCUACAAAGCAAUGCAGGAAGGUCUGCUGAUGAGAGGAACAACCCUGGAGCUUCUUGAGGCUCAAGCUUCAUCUGGUUUCAUUGUUGAUCCAGUUAACAAUGUUUUCUUGACAGUUGAAGAAGCCACAAAAAGAGGUCUUGUGGGAAAGGAGUUUAAGAAUAAGUUGCUGUCUGCAGAAAAGGCAGUAAUUGGCUAUAAAGACCCAUCUACAGGGAAGAUCAUCUCCCUCUUCCAGGCUAUUGAAAAAGAGCUCAUUGAGAAAGGCCAUGGAAUCCGGUUGCUUGAGGCUCAGAUUGCCAGUGGUGGAAUCAUUGACCCACUUGAGAGCCACCGUAUUGAUGUUUCUGUUGCCUACAAAAGAGGAUAUUUUAAUGAGGAAAUGAAUGAGAUCUUAAGCUAUGAAGGAGAUGACUCUAAAGGGUUCUUUGAUCCUAAUACAAAAGAGAAUUUAACUUAUCUGCAACUGAAGAAAAGAUGUAUCACAGAUUCUAAAACAGGACUAAUACUCCUGCCACUCAAAGACAAGAAUAAGUCCCAAAAGUCACAGGAGAGCCGUACCAAUGUCCUCCGCAAAAGGCGUGUUGUAAUUGUUGACCCAGACACAGGACUUGAGAUGUCAGUUAGGGAGGCUUAUCACAAACAGCUAAUUGACUAUGAAACUUUCCUGGACUUGUCAGAGCAGGAGUGUGAGUGGGAAGAAAUCACUAUCAAGGGGUCAGAUGGUUCUUCACGUUUAGUGAUUGUAGAUCGAAAAACUGGAACCCAGUAUGAUAUUCAAGACUGCCUGGACAAAAGAAUUAUUGAUCAAAAGUCUCUUGAUAAGUACCGUGCUGGAACAUUAACCUUGACAGAGCUUGCUGACCAAAUAACCAGCAGAACUAGCAGUAGCGAGAUGACCAUUGCAGCUAGUAAUGUUGUUGACAUGGUCACCUGCAGCAGCCCCACUCAAGCUAUGCAAUCUUCUCCUAUUGUUCGUAAACGCUUCAACAGCAUCUCUAUUACAGUCUCCUCCCCAGGAAUGUUUGAUGAUCAGAGCCCUGUGGCGGCCAUAUUUGACACAGAGACCUUGGAAAAAAUAACUGUUUCUGAGGGGCUCAGAAGAGGCAUAAUUGACACUAUUACAGCUCAAAGGUUGCUGGAGGCCCAGGCUUGCACAGGUGGCAUUAUCAACCCUGCUACUGGUGAUCGACUGUCGCUUGAAGAUGCUGUCCAUCAGAGCGUUAUUGAUGAAAGCAUGGCUACUAAGCUGAAGCCUGCUCAGAAAGCUUACAAUGGUUUUGAAGAUUUGAAAACAAAAAGGAAGCUUUCUGCAGCUGAGGCAGUAAAGGAGACAUGGCUACCAUAUGAGGCUGGCCAGAGGUUUCUGGAGUUUCAGUACCUUACAGGAGGCCUAAUAGAGCCUAGCAAUGGACGACGCGUCACUAUUCAAGAGGCUAUCCGAAAAGGAUGGCUUGAUGGGCAAGGUGCGCAGAAGCUGCAGGAUACGCAAAACCAUAAGAAAAACUUGACCUGUCCCAAGACCAAACUAAAGAUCUCGUACAAAGAAGCCAUGGAUAGCAGCAUGGUGGAAGAAAGCAAUGGUAUGAAGAUGUUGCAAGCAUCCUCCAUAUCCAGCAAGGGGAUAAGCAGCCCUUACAAUGUCUCAAACCCAGGGUCUCGCUCUGGCUCCAGAGCUGGUUCC